UGUACUUUAUCAGUUGUGAAAACGUGAUGCAAAAGUUGUCCAGUGAAAUAAUUUAAUCAAUUAAGUGCGUACUUAUUUAUACUUGAUACAAUUAUUUUUCGAAAGUCAGAGAGGGUAACUAUUUUAAGGUAGAUAAUUUACAGAUGUGGAUUUUCCUCAUAUUACGACACCAGCGUCUAUCGUAGAAAACUUUAUGCAUACACUUUCUUAGUGGAAAUUGGAUAUAGACGGCAUCAAGGUCAGCCCAUUAUUCUGCUGUCAUUGCGUAGAUUGCAAAGUGAACAGAGUAAAAUAAUAGAAACUCCUCGUGCGAGUCCAGUUUAAGAAUUGAACUUCAAAAAUGGGAAAAGCAAGACGGAAAACGGUUACAAAAUCCAGAAAGAAGCCCCACAAUAAAAAAUGUGUUAGUGAUAAAAUGCAACGAAUAAUCAUAAGAGAUGACAUGGACUGCGAAGUGUGCGGAGAAAAAGCACGAUCACACAAUUUCGGAGGGAUUUCUUGCAAUCCUUGCAGAUCUUUCUUCCAUCACUUUACUUUAACCAACUUGAGGCACAGUUUAUCCACUAAGCAUCUUAAAAACGAUUGCAAAUUCAGAGGAAAAUGUAAAAUUAACAAAGUAACAAGGAAAAAGUGCAAAACGUGUCGAUUUUUCAAAUGCAUAAAAAUUGGGAUGUCACCCGCCUGGGUGAUAGCAGAGCAUGAAAAGAAAUAUAAAUCUGUUGAACCAUUGAAAUUGAAACUUAGUGACGAAGAAACUGAAAAAAUUGCCAGUCUUUCGAAAUUUUACGAAACUGCGUGUGAAUUAAUCCCGUACACGUUUCUCUCUCGAGAAGAGAAUGAAGUCGUCAGCGCUACAAAACUACAUUUAAUUAUAAUCGGAUCAUUAUCCAUAGGAAUUAGAAGAUUUGCAUGUUUUGCGAGGAUGAUUCCUGAAUUUAAGAAGCUGUCUUUACACGACCAAACCAAUUUACUCAAGCGGUCCGUCGUCGAGAUGCUAGUGAUAAGAGAUAUAAUUAUGUACGAUAUUGACAAAGGAGUAUUCUACGCCCCUGGAUUUCCCGAGAAAUUUCCUAUCGUUACGGAGGAAGAAUGGUCAGUUUUAAUGAAAAGUUACGAUGAUGGAUUGACCGACCGAUACAUACAUAUUUACAAAAGAGUUCGCAGCAUUGCACCCGACGAAGCAAGCAUGAUGCUGCUCAUUCCUCUGGCCUUGUUUUCUGAUUGUGGUGGAAACGAUAGUUGCACCGAUUUUGAUGAUAGACCAGCGAUUAAUGCGGCCCAAGAAUUGUACACGAGAUUGCUAGAAAAAUAUUUAAAGACUGUGCAGGGGGAGGAGACGGGGAAACUGAUUUUUCCCAGGCUCCUCUCCUUCCUACCGGAUAUUACUCAAUUAAGCCAUCUCCAGCAAGGACUCCCCCUCAACUUGACGGAAGAUCAAGUCAAUAAAAUGCAUCAGCAUUUACAUUAUUUGCAAAAGAAAACUGGUACUCCACAACCCUUGAAUAAUGACUAUUUCAAGGACGACUUAAUUCCACCAGAGGAGCUGGAUAAACAAUGGGAAUGUUGUAAAAAACACGUUACACCUCCAAAAUCUUUGUCAACAUCAAAUAGUUCCAAAGAGGCGCCGGUUUCGACGAGCUUAGGAGGCAAUCGGUCAGCCUCUCCGUCGCUAAUUCACGCAUUUGCCAACUUUACUGGCGAGUGGGGAAUUCAGCAGAAAUUUUUUGAAAGGGCUCCCCACGUGGGCGUAGAAAAAGCCUUCAUGCGUCGAAUGCCGGAACUGGUGGCAAAUCCCUGGGAUACUUUGGUCAAUGAUGUCUCAAAGUUAUCAAUUUCCAACAGUGGGGCGUAAAACCAUUAGAUAAUAAACUGGAAGAUGUAUAUGCUUGCUAUACUCCACCAGCUUUUUCUUAUGUUUGAAGCGUAUCUUUGGCGUAUUACUGGUGCAGCUCCACAAAAACCGACGAUAUGGGAAAUUACAUAAAUUAAUUCAUAUAAACACAUAAAACACAUAUAUAAACACAUGUAUUUAUUAGGUUUAUUGAGUAUAAAUACUUGUUACGUACAAUUUGCAUUGUAAUGCACAAAUUAAUCAAAUAAUAAAAAUAUAAUAAAUGUCCACCCGUGCGGGGCAGAUAAGUAAA